AUGUUACCAAGACUCAAUAAUGAAAACUGAAUGAAUAUCAUCAUUAUUAUUAUUAUUAUUAUUAUUAUUAUCAUUAGUAGUAGUAGUAGCCUAGUAGUAGUAGCAGUAGCCUUAUACUUUGAUUAUUAUUAUCAUUAUUAUCAAUACUACUACUAAUGAUAGUACAAUACAAUAAAUAAAUAGGAUGAUGCAGUAUUGAAAUGUGUGAUGCACUGGUGUGUAUUGUGUAUAUUGUAUUAAUUAGUGUAUAUUUGGUAUAUUUUUGUUGUAUAUUUCCAUAGAUGUUUAUUCUAUAGAUGUUUAUUUUUCUGCUGUGGUAAAUGAAUUUCCCAGUUGUAGGAUAAAUAAAGUUAAUCUAAUCUAAUCUAAUCUAAUCUAAUCUAACACUUUAACUGAGGGAAUUUGCUUUCAAUAAAGAAUAAAAUAAUCAUUUAAUCAUAUAUUAUAUCAUCGGGUGGGUUUUUACUCAUGCAUUAAUGUGAAAGCAGUAUUUUAGUAUUAUAAUUGCUCAUUGUUGAGCUAAACUGAAGCACAUAUUUAUAUUGGUGGGCAGUUUAAUGGAUAACAAUAGUCUGUAUCAUCUUUUGUAUAUCUAAUAUCAAAAUAGUUACUGGUGUCAGAUAAAUGUUGGAUGUGGAUUAAAGAGUGCAUUUGUCCCUCAAAUGCAGCAUAAAUGGAAAUCCUCUCGUAAAGAAUAUUAUUUUCUGCCUCUGAACUUGGACAAAUCAAAUCCAGCCAUAACUUUUAUUGAGCAGACUAGGCUUCUAUCCAAAGCAUCAUAAAAAUUUUAAAGUUUUAAAUUCUAAAUCUGAUAUUAACUACUAACAACUCUGCCUCCUCCUACUUCUUCUUGCCAAACUAGGAGGUACUCUUCUGGUAAAACUUUGCACAAGCCAAUAGCAUACGAGGGGUGGAGAGGUGCAAGUUCUAAAGAGCGUUAAAGAGCUAAAAAAGAAAAUAGUGGCUCGUCAAACUCUGUCUCGCUUUGGAAGAGGGUGUGGAAAGGAAUGGCAAGUUCAAGACAAGAAAUGUGGGAUUUUACUUGACUUCGUGGUGAAACAGUCAUCCUGCAGAGCCGUGCGCCUUUACGCACGGAAUUUCGGCGACGGUAAAUUCUUGCAGCUUUUUUACUGGGCAAACAUGACAGAAGAGAUCAAGUCAUUGACGGAGCAUCCAUGCAGUCCAGUGGGCAGCGACAGCUCCAUGUCCCCGCAUGGUUCGGAUUCAGAGUCUCUAGUUUCUCCGGCAGGGUCGGACGCACAAGGGACUGCGUCUGGUAAUACGCAUAAGGUUGAGAGCAGCACGGAGGAUGAGCGCUUCCCAGCCUGCAUUCGCGACGCGGUGUCACAGGUGCUGAAAGGUUACGACUGGUCGCUGGUACCGAUGCCCAGUCAAGGGGAGAGAGGGCUGAAAAACAAACCUCAUGUUAAACGACCGAUGAACGCUUUCAUGGUUUGGGCGCAGGCAGCGCGCAGGAAGCUGGCGGACCAGUAUCCUCAUCUGCACAACGCUGAGCUCAGUAAGACGCUGGGUAAACUGUGGCGGCUUCUCUCUGAAACAGAGAAGCGUCCUUUCGUCGAGGAGGCAGAGAGGCUGCGGCUACAGCACAAGAAGGACUACCCAGACUACAAGUACCAGCCUCGGAGACGCAAGAGCACCAAACCGGGUCAAGGGGACUGUGGAGCAGGACUGGUCCAGCAGCAGCAGCAUCAACAGGGCUUGUAUAAGACAGAGCCGGGGGUGGCCAGGCUGGCUGGAACGGGGGAUGUACACCAUCAUUAUCAUCCAGACAGGACAGGUCAGUCUCAUGGACCUCCAACACCUCCCACUACCCCUAAAACCGACCUCCACAUAGGAAACAAACAUGACGCCCACCGGCUUGUGGACGGCAGCACCGGCUCCGCUCCUCCUCCCAGCCGUCAGAACAUUGACUUCAGCAACGUGGACAUCUCCGAGCUCAGCACUGACGUCAUCAGCACCAUCGAUGGAUUUGACGUCCAUGAGUUCGACCAGUACCUGCCUCCCAACAACCACGGCUCCGCUGUUCUAACCCCGCCAGAUACCAGCCACACACAUAACAACCCCUCUGGAUCAUUCAUCCUACCCAGCAUCCACUCCCACAGCAUUCCCCCUUGGACUCCCAAAACUUCUGGUGCGUCUUCUACUGGAAUGCCACCAUCUUCUUCCAGUCGUGACACCCAUGGGCCCCAUGAGGACACCAGCAACAAACCUCAGAUUAAAACUGAGCAGAUGAGCCCAGGUCACUACAGCAGCUCCUCCUCCUCCACUCCUCCGCCACCACAACCAGAGUACACCUCCCUCAGCUCGGGUGCCUGCCCUUACCCAAGCUCCUCCACAUCUUCCUCCAACCAAUCUGACCACACUGACCUUCAGAGCUCCACUUUCUACAGCGCCUUCUCUGGGUACCCUGCCGGUCUGUAUCAAUACCCGUACUUCCACUCCUCCAGAAGGCCCUACGCCACAUCGCUUAUCAACAGCCUGGCCUUGGCACCACCUCCGCACAGUCCGCCCUCUGGCUGGGAGCAACCUAUCUACAAAACACUCACCAGGCCUUGAAGAAGAGGAUACAAUAAAUUUAGUCAGUUUUCAAUUUAGUUUGUGAAGGAGCUUAAAGACAAUUUUUGGAGAUUUGCUGACAUUUUUAUCUUAUUAAGAAUUAUUUUUCAAAGGUUUAGACCAGUCUGGAUUUGCGAGGGACAGUGCUAGCAGCUGUCAGCCAAAUGGCUCAUAUUGUGCGUCAAUGUACUAUUAAAUUAGUUCAUUUUCAUGGAAAAAAAAUUCUAAAGAACAAAGA